AUGCGUGUAUACCCUUUGGUCCUCCUUCUUGCCUCUAUGGGCGCGCAGGCUUUGCCUCCGUCCAUACAGAGGCGUCAAAAUACUAUCCCGUCGACGUAUGAUUCAUCGAUCGCCUCUCUGAUUAAUUCAAUCGGGACGCAGCGUGGCGUACCGGACACGGUUAUGCAAGCUGCCUUCGAGACCGCAUGGGUCGAGAGCCAUAUCAACAACCUCAACUUUGGAGACGCGGACAGCUUGGGUGUCUUCCAACAAAGACCUUCUCAGGGCUGGGGCACCGCCGCUCAGGUACAAGAUCCUACGUACGCGACCAACGCGUUCUUCGAUCAGGCUAUGAAAGUCUACAACAACAACCCUUCGCUCGCUCCGGGCGAUCUCGCCCAGAAAGUUCAGCACUCUGCUUACCCUGAUCGUUACAACCAGGCCGCGGACCGCGCCUCCAAGAUUCGCUCGGAUGUCCAGGAUGGCGACGCUAGCGGCGACGAAGAUGAUGACUCAGAUGACGAUCUUGACCUCAUCGAUGAUGAGGAUGAUGACGGCGAAGAUGAUGACGUGGACGAGGACGGUGAAUUCCCUGAUGGUGGGGACGAUGGUGGGGACGAUGGUGGGGACGACGGCGGGGACGACGGCGGGGACGAUGGCGGGGACGAUGGCGGUGAUGACGGUGGUGAUGACGGAGGCGAUGGUGGUGACGGAGGUGACGGUGGCGAUGGCGGCGGUGAUGGCGGAGGAGGAGGAGAUGGAGGAUGCCGCCGUCGCCGCGACCUGGAGGGCCGGGAGAUAAUCAGCUGCGACUUUGAGUUCUGA